CCUUCUCGCGAUAUUCCGCUUAAAAAUAACGCGGGAUAGUGAGGGGACUGAAUCCGUUGUAAUCACAACCGUGGUUGAAAGAGAGACAACAUGAGACAGUCAACAGAGGGUAACAAAUGUUCAACUAGAUACACCUUGUAAUAAAUGACAUUGUCCUCAGCGCAGCUCUGUUUGUUGGACUCGCCCGAUAUAUAUAAAAGCAGCAGCUUAACACGGUUAACGCUUUUGUUUAGCUACCGUUGGCAAACGUUUGUUAGCUAACAGCAGCUAACCAGCUAACUGUAGCUCGUUUUCUAAAUGGAUCCCACGGAGGACUUGUCUGCUCGGGUCCUGCUGAAACAUAUUCUCAGCACCGAGACACCCAGGACUCCCAUCACCCGCAGUGCCUGCAAAACACAGAGUAGCAGCGCGACCAGAAGCAGCAACAGACUGAGCAGGAAAGAUGCUGGUGCCCAAACCCCACAGGACAUCCUAAGACGCAGCCUGAGACAUAAAAUACGAGAAAGUAUAACCAGGCAAUCCCUGCCCUCUACUAAAAGGAGGACUGCCUCAGUCGUGCUCAAAAAGUUGCCUUCCUCAACCUCAAUGCUGUUUGAUGAUGGAGACACACCGCGGCACAUACUCAAGAACAUCCUGCUGACAGAGCCUGUGAAGUCCCCUGUGGUUCAUGAAAAAGCUGCGUCAGAAGAGUCACAGCCAUCUUCAGCCGCCUCCAGCAUCACAAGGAAGCGUCCUAGUUCAGAGCUUUCAGGGUUGGACUUGCCUGAUUUAACUAUUGGCAACAUAGAGAGUACUGCAAAGGCACUGAGCAGGAAGAGACCACGUCGGAGCCUUAAUGUAACAGCUUUUGAAAAGCGUCUUAAAGAUGGAGAAGAUGUUGAGGAAAAUGAAGAAUCAAUAGGUGACCAUUCAUCACUUUCUUUGUCAAGUCUGUUUUGCAGUUCCACUUCUCUGAGUUUAAAAACCCCCUUUGUGGAUGUUCGGACUGAGAAAAAGGGCUUGCAGAGAAGAGUUUCUAACCGUCGAAAAAUCUCAGAAGAAGAAUUUGGCGCUGCUGUAAAUAAAAGGCAGAUGGAAGGAGUGAGCAGCUUUGUGCAAUUGGAACGGGGUCUUAGUGAGACCGCCUUAUCUGAGGGCUUCACUUUGGGCCAAAGCAAACUCGGUGAACUUGAUAUCACGGCCGAUAUCCUCCACUGUGACACGGCUCUCUACGCCCGGCCUGAUGCCAUGACCUCCAGCUUUUCCUUUGUUGCAACUCAGGACAAACCAACAGUGAUGGCGUCUCAGCUUCAGAGACAGAUGGAGCAGGAGGAGCAGAUGGAGGCAGAGCAGAGCAAGCUGGGGAAAGAGAAGUCAACAUAUGCAUUUCCAACUGAAGAGGGGGCUGAACCUCAGAAUGAAAAAUGUUUUUCUCAGUCUGAGGAAGAUGUGGAUGCAGCUGAAUUUCAAAAGGAGAAAGAGAAGAGUACAGCUGAUGGUCAUCUUGAAGAUGCUGCCAUGUCUGAGGAAGAGGAAUGUAUAGCUGAAUCCCAGACAAGUGUAAGCAAUGAUACAGCCGAGCCUGAGGAAGAGGAAAACAGAGUGGAAGGCGCAGCUGAUUCUCACACUGAAGAGGAUGCUGCAACCAGAUCUCAGUCCGAGGAAGAGGAGCCUGCAACAGACUCUCAAACUGAAGAAGAAGGUGCAGGUGACUCUCACACUGAAGAGGGACAAUGUGGAGUUGAUUACCAACCUGAAGAGGAUGUUACAGCCAGGUCUCAGUCUGAGGAAGAGGACAUCACACCAGACUCUCAAACCGAAGAAGAAGAAGGUGGUGCAGGGGACUCCCAAAUUGAAAAAGAAGUUGCUGGUGAUCUGCAGUGUGAGGAGGAUGUUGCAGCCAGGUCUCAGACUGAUGAAGAGGAGGGUGCACCAGACUGUCAAACUGAAGAAGAAGGUGCUGUUGAGCUGCAGUCUGAGGAGGAUGUUGCAGCCAGGUCUCAUUCUGAGGAAGAGGGGGAUGUUGCAGAAUACCAAAGUGAUCAAGAGGAUCCUGCAGCCAAUUCUCAAUCUGAAGAAGAGGGUGAUUUGGCUGAUUCUCAACCUGAAGACGAGCAUGAUGAGAAGCCAUGGGAAGAAGAUGGUGAGCAGGCAUCAGAACAGCCGGAACAGGACUUGGAACACAUCAGUCAAAGGGCUAGGCGCUCUGAGGGUAGACUCAUUAUGCCUGUCAAAGAACCAAGUGAAGAUUUGGCAGACGCCACAGAGGCAGGAUGGUCUGAUGGCAAGCCCAAAGCACACAGCAGCCUGGAAAUGGAAAGCUGUGAGAGCUUUGGGAUCCCUGAGUUGGCCGAGUCCUCAACCAAAGGACCGAAAGAUGCUUGUUAUACAGAAGCCGAGCCUGAUGCUGAUAAAGAGAACUCCUUUAAUCUUCUGGAGAGGACACAUGAUACUGAAAAAAGUAGGCACCGGAGUGACCAUUCACCUGAAGAAGCUGCUCAACAGGAGGAAGAGUGGGAGGAUGAAGAAGAAGAUGAAUCUUCAGAGAUCUCCAGCAAGACUCCAGCAUUUGUCAGACAGAAAAGGAACUUUUUUCAGCCCGAUCCUCAGGCCUCACCUUCUGUCUUUAAGAAUAUUCAAGCCAGCAGUAGUACAGGUGAAGCUUUUUCUGCACCUAAACCAAAGCAGGUGAGGCAGAGGAGGAAAGGGCCGGCUAAAAAAGAAGCAAGACUUCCUAAGAGCUACCUAAUGAGCGUGUUCAAGCACUUUGCCAAAACGAAUGUCUCUGCAGACGUGUACCCUGUACUACAAGACAUAAUGGAUAAAUACUUUGACCGGCUGGCAGUCGACUUGGAGACAUAUGCUGUUCAUGCAAAGAGAAAAACCAUUGAGGUUGAAGAUGCUGAACUGCUGUUGAAAAGACAGGGUCAUGUGAAUGACAAGGUGCCAGUGGAAGUUCUCAUUGAAAAGUAUCUUCGUAUGGACCAGCGCAAGCUCCUGAUCCCCAUUGCAACCAGUGGAAAUGUUGUUAUCCCUAAAACGCGCAGAUAAUUGUUUUAUAUACAGCUACAUUUUAUUUUGUCUGGUUUCAUCUUUGGACUGUUAGACGUUUUACUUACACUGCAUUUGAUUUGGAUAAGUGUUGUCUCCAUUUAAUGUUGUUAAUCAGAAUAUAAAGGUUUCUGUAUGUGUGUAAAUAUUUGU